CGCGUGAGCGCAGCAUCCCCAGGACAGAAGGGGGGGGGGCGUCAGUGAGUUGAGUUGCAAGAGCCGGAAACUGUCCGGAGGAGCGCCUGAAACCCACCUUUUGCAAAUGCAGGUAAAAGGGGGGGGGGGGAGUGCAUUAACUGAGAGCGGGGGGGGGGGGCGAGGGGCGUGUUGGGGGGGGGUAUGUUUCUUGCAACUUGGGGGGAAAGGGGGGGUGUCUCCUUUGUCUGCUUGAGUUCCCUCCCCACCCUUUUUCAUAGACCCAGAGGGGGAAAGGAAGGGGCUGAGCUUUGCAUCUCCUUGUGCACUUGGAAAGGGGGGGGGGCGUGCCUGGGUGUGGGGAGAAGGAGGGGCAGAAAAGCAAAUUGGGGGGUGGGGGAGAGAAAGAGACCAAAUAUAACCUCUUAAAAUGGCGGGGAAAAGAUAAACCUUGUAGAUCCUGAAAGUGCUUCUGUCUUAGUUUGGAAAAAGCAGCAGGAAAACUAGAAAAACAGAAGCAGCUGUGUGUGUCUAGUUAUAUAUGUCUUUCUGCUGUCAUUGCAUGGUUUCAUUUGUUUAUCUUUUAAGCCACGGAUCCAGCGCUUUGAUGAGACUCGGAUCCUCGCGAUUUUGCAUGCUGAAGUCUCAGAUCCACCUCUGAAAUACACGCACAAACAGAGAGAGAGAGAGCGAGCUGUUGCGUCCUUGGCUGUUUGCGGCAUCAUAAUUUUUUUGGUGUGUGAGAGUGUGACUGAUGUGGUCCCUGCUGGCGCUGCAGUGCUAUAAAAGCCAUGCUUGGAGGCAUGUCCCCCUCACGAUGUGUGCGUGCAAGUUCCCCAACGCUGCCCUCCGAUCGUAACUCAGGCAGACUCUCGUAGGCGCCUUAAAGACUUAAGGCGUAACCAUGAGCUUUUGUGGGUUAGAGCACACUUUGUCCAGCGUCUCGUAUCAUUGCCUGCUGAUGACAACAUCGUAAAAAAAAGGAAAAAUCUCUGCAACAUCGUAAAUAUCUCUGCCGCAGUGGUGUGAAAACAAAACAGGCAUGGAUCUUUUUUUUCUAAGCAGGAGACACAAAUCUAACGUCUUGUCUCGAACACUUCUCCUUGCUGACAGAAUUAUAAAAAGAAUGCAUCGUGUGUCACUUUCGUUGCUCAUCUGCAUCUCUUGUUAUCUGUGUGCCUCCCAUUCCUUGUAUCUCUGUCCAGGUUUAGAUUGUAUGGCUCUGGGGGCAGGGACCUCUCUACUGUAGCAAUGCACGUGUUGGACAGCAACUCCCAGCCUUCUCGAGCCAGCAUAGCCAAUUGUUGGGGAUGAUGGGAGUUGUAGUCCAACAGUACAGGUUCUACAGGUUCUCUAGUCCUGCUGUAAAGUGCCAAGGCCCUUUGAAAGUGUGUUAUACCUGCAGAGCAAUCUGGAAAAGGUUUACUUGGAUUUAAGGCCCUCUUUAGUUGUUGGGACUGGAGCCCGAGUCAGUUUGCAACCUUAAAGAAGUCAGGUCAACCUUUUUGACACCACGCUCAUGGGACCAGUUCUUGAGACUAUGUUGUAUGUUUUGUGCAGCAAAAUGAGGUGGCAUGGUGGAGUUUAUACUGCAGCUCUGAUUGUGCUUUGCAGCUUCUGAAUGCUUCCUGCAAAGAGAAAACUAGUGUAGCACUGAGAAAGGUUCUGACUUAGCCUUCUGCCUGUGUUGUGCUGGUUUUUUCUUUGCAGAGAGCAGCAUUUAAAAUUCCCACCAUGCUGAGAAGUGAUGCUGUGCUGGAGUAAUGGCAGGAUUCAAAAUGAUGGCUUCCAUAGACCAAGUUGGGUGUGCCUUGUUGUGGAGCACGGGGCAGCGGUGGGGAAGGAAAGAAGAGGCCCAGGGCACUGUCAGCUGCCCAAUAAUUCUGGGUGUUGGUCCUGAGACUUGAUAGUUGAUAUCUGCUAGUUUACAUCUCUUUUAAAAAUUUGAAAAAUUCAUGGAAGAUUCAAUAACUAGCCAUGAUUGCUAAGAGGAGAACGUCCAUGUUUAGAAGUAGUAUACUUUCAAUUGCCUGCUACCCAGGAAUGCACACAAUGGGGGUUUUAUUUAACACUUCUAUAGAGUAUGUAUGUACAGUCGUACCUUGAACGGACUUCCAAGACAUUAGAAAACCAAAGUGCAGCUUCUGAUUGGCUGCAGGAAGCUCCUGUAGCCAAUUGGAAGCCCCUCCGGAUGUUCGGCUUCCAAAAAUAGUUUGCAAACCAGAACACUCACUUCCAGGUUUGCGGCGUUCGGGAGCCAACGUGUUUGAGAACUAAGCUGUUCGAAAACCAAGGUACGACUGUACUGUGUUGUUGUUGUUUAGUCGUUUAGUCGUGUCCGACUCUUCCUGACCCCAUGGGCCAGAGCACGCCAGGCACUCCUGUCUUCCACUGCCUCCCGCAGUUUGGUCAAACUCAUGCUGGUAGCUUCAAGAACACUGUCCAACCAUCUCGUCCUCUGUCGUCCCCUUCUCCUUGGGCCCUCAAUCUUUCCCAACAUCAGGGUCUUUUCCAGGGAGUCUUCUCUUCUCAGGAGGUGGCCAAAGUAUUGGAGCCUGAGCUUCAGGAUCUGUCCUUCCAGUGAGCACUCAGGGCUGAUUUCCUUCAGAUGGAUAGGUUUGAUCUUCUUGCAGUCCAUGGGACUCUCAAGAGUCUCCUCCAGCACCAUAAUUCAAAAGCAUCUUUUCUUCGGUGAUCAGCCUUCUUUAUGGUCCAGCUAUAUGAACAGGUAAGACCAUCCCUGCAUUGCAGGCUCACAAUAAAGUAGGCAUGGCACAAAAGAAUGAAGGAUGUGGAUGGAAGAGGAAAGCAAAGCCUUGGAGCAACUGUUCUACCCACUGGCCCAUCAGUCUCCCUUUUGGUAUGACGCUCUUGCCAGGUGGCAGGAGGUGAAGCCUGCCAGCGACAUUUGAUUCCCUGGCUGAUGGCCAAGACCCGAGCGUGCCGCCUCUGCAUUCCCAAGCAACUUUGGGAAGAAGGAAAGGAUAUAUAUUUAAUGAGUUAAAAGAGAGAGAGAGAGAGAGAGAGCUAGCAGUUAAGAGCAGAGCAUUCUUUCCUGCAGGAAGCGGGGAGACAAAAUCCCUGAAAUUGCGUAUUUAGGGAAUGGUCCAUGGGAGCUCCCGUUGCUCGGUCCCUGCUCCUGCCAACCUAGCAGUUCAAAAGCACGUCAAAGUGCAAGUAGAUAAAUAGGUACCACUCCGGCGGGAAGGUAAAUGGCAUUUCUGUGUGCUGCUCUGGUUCACCGGAAGCGGCUUAGUCAUGCUGGCCACAUGACCCAAAAGCUGUACGCCAGCUACCUUGGCCAGUAAAGCGAGAUGAGCACCGCAACCCCAGAGUUGGUCACGACUGGACCUAAUGGUCAGGGGUCCCUUUACCUUUUACUAUGGGACUCAGUGUUAGAACAUCGGUUUUGCAUGUGUAGAAGGUUGCAGGCUUAAUCCCCCAAAUCUGGGAAAGACUGCCUCCCUGAAACCCUCCUGCCAAUCAUGGAACGUAAAUCUGAGUUUGAUCCGGCGAGCCAAUUCUUGUGUUACCCUAAUUACUCAUUGAUUUCAAAUUCUACUUUCAAUAAAAAUGAUUUGCCGGAGUCCUCUAGGUUUUGACAGCUUAGCAGGAAGAUAUUAUCUGCAAAGUGGGAGCCUAAUUACGAUGUGAUUGCUGUAAGAAAGGGGCUUGCCAAAUAUCACAAGCCCUUCCUGCCUCGGUCAUCAGCUAAUGCUUUAACAUGUGUGAUUUGCUGAAUUUUGAUUAAGAGCUGGAGGGCCAGUUCUGUUGACUCUCCUGGUUUGCUGACUUUAACCGCUGUCUCGUUAUGAAUGGAGGUGGAAGUCUUGUUAGUUUUGUUGCUGUUGCUUGUAAAAUAAAAGAACGUAAUAUUAAACCAUAAAAAAAAAAAUCUGGCUUCAGUGUGCUGUGUAUCUAGCUUUCAUCUAGCAGAAUGGAGAUUCCUUCUUCAAGAAUGUAUAUAUAUAUAUAUAUGCCAUUGAUGUUAUGAAAGUUUGGGGAAAGUCUUUAAAUGUUGAUUUAGCCCAUAGGUAGGCAAACUAAGGCCCGGGGGCCAGAUCCGGCCCAAUCGCCUUCUCAAUCCGGUCCGCGGACGGUCCGGGAAUCAGCGUGUUUUUACAUGAGUGGAAUGUGUCCUUUUAUUUAAAAUGCAUCUCUGGGUUAUUUGUGGGGCAUAGGAAUUCGUUCUCCCCCCAAAAAAACAUAGUCCGGCCCCCCACAAGGUCUGAGGGACAGUGGACCGGCCCCCUGCUGAAAAAGUUUGCUGACCCCUGACUUAGCCUGUGAUAGACCAAGACCUUCAGCUUCUGUGUCCUAUACCAAGAAAUACAGAAACUGCAAACACACAUUUGCGUUUUACACGCGAUAAAGCCUCGUUGAAAUCAAUGGGAGCUACUUGUGAGUAAACAUGCGUAAGGUUGUGUUGUAAAAGCCCAAUUAUUUGUCCUUUGUCUUCUUUGUAACACUUCCUUUUAUAUUCAGAAAAUAGGCAGGUGCCAGUGACAGCUUUAGUACACUUUGCUGAAAAGCAGGCAAAUUAAUAGGCGCUAAGCUCAGAAUCCCAGGGACUGACAGUAAACGACACUUUCUGGGAAGUAAGCAGACAUCUGUGCACAAUAUAUAAUUUCCAAUAAGGAAAUGAGGAACUUUUGUUAAGAGUUGAAUGAGUCACAAGCCGGAAGAAAACCUUACUCUGCCAGCCGUCUCCUGGAACCUUGCACAGCUUCUGCCCCAAAGCCGUCCAUUAGUAUUCAACAAUCAGCGUGGUGGGUGGAUAUAUUUUCAUUUAUAUACAUUCAUUCGAAAUAAAAAGGGGUAUGUACUCUUUUUCAUUACUGUUUGUAUUCUAGUUUAUAAUUUUUGUAAAGUGAUAUGGCAGGCAGGUCAUCGGAUGUAUAAUUUAUUUUAUUUUCAUUUUAUGAAGCAUUCUAUAUCCACCCACCACGCUGAUGACGAAUUCUACGAAACAGUAGUCAAUAUCCGGAAUUACUGUUCAGUGUUGGACAUCAUUGUUGAGUACACAAAGCUUCACAGCUUGUCUUCCGCCGUACAAAGUUUAGUACCUCGCUUCAUUUAAAGAUUUUCAGAGACUGUGAGACUAAAGAUUUCAUUCUGAACUUUUUAUGAUUUGAAGGGAUUCUAUAAAGAUGGUCUAUUACGUAUAUAUAUGGUCAUCGUGUUGCCUAGACAUUAUUAUACAGCAGGGCUGGGGAAUCCGUGGUCCUCUAGUUGUUGGUGCUACGUCAGCCCUGACAAUUGGAAAUGUUGGCUGGCGGUGAUGGGAGUCCCAAAAAGCAUUUUUUGGGGGGGAGGGAUCCCCACCUCUGUUUCAGAUCCAGCGAGAAAGUAUUUCUGCCAGGCGCAGGAGACUGAGCAACGAUCCUUUGUGUGUGGUGUAGUGGUUAAGAGAGGUGGACUCGUAAUCUGGUGAACCGGGUUCGAUUCCCCGCUCCUCCACAUGCAGCUGCUGGGUGACCUUGGGCCAGUCACACUUCUAUGAAGUCUCUCAGCCCCACAGAGUGUUUGUUGUGGGGGAGGAAGGGAAAGGAGAAUGUUAGCUGCUUUGAGACUCCUUAGGGUAGUGAUAAAGCGGGAUAUCAAAUCCAAACUCUUCUUCUUCUUCUUCUUCUUGCAGAGCCUGGUGACGUUUGAGGAUGUGGCCGUGUAUUUCACGAAGGAGCAGUGGAAUCUCCUGGAUCCCAACCAACGAGCUUUGUACAAGGAAGUCAUGAUAGAGAAUUACGGGAAUGUGGCCUCCUUGGGUAAGGAACUCCCUUCUUCCUUGGGGCAGGUGUGCGAAGGCUGUGUCUGUCGGUCGGGGCUGAUGGGAGUUGGGAUCCAAAACACUGGAGGGGUAGCAGGUUGGCAAAGGUGGCUUCAAAAUAUAAGAUUUAUGUCAGUUCCUUCCUCCGUCUCCCCAGUCCUUUCUGCGUUAGGGAAGUUGCUUCCUUCCUUCAGAUUUAGUUAUGUCGGGUGGGGAACGUCCGGCUCAGGGGCCAGAUGCGGCCCUCCAGUUGUCUCUGUGUGGCCCUCAGAACUCUUCUAAGGCCACACCGCAUGAUAUCCCUGCUUUUACUUUUAUUUUAUUAAAUUUACCGGUGUAUCCCACCCUAUACCGUUAGGUCUCAGGGCGGUUCACAACAUAAAAUCACAAAGAGUGUGUUGCACUCUUGAGUCUCUUUUCCUGGCUGGAACGCAUCUAUUAAUUAAUUAACAAAUUAAUUAAUUAAUUAACAUUUGUAACAAUAAUCCUUGAACUCUGAGAGAGACCCUUGCUUCCUUUUUAAAAACAUUUUUUAUUUUUAUUUUUUUCAAAUUUAAACAUUUCAUUAGUUUUACAAUCAAUUUAACCUUUUGAAAUUUGACUCCCUUCCCCCUCCUUCAGCGGUUCCAUAAAUUUGUUUUUUUAAUACCUUCUGCAUAUCGCAAGCUCAUUUAACUUGCUCAUUUAUUUAUCUGCUGUAAAUAUAUACUCUUAUAAAACUGCAAGUUAAUCUGAAGGCAGCCCUGUUUAGGGAAGCUUUUAAUGUUUAAUAGGUUAUUGUAUUUUAAUAUUCUGUUGGAAGCCGCCCAGAGUGAGUGGGGUAUGAAUAAUAAAUAAAUUAUUAUUAUUAUUAUUAUUAUUAUUAUUAUGUUUUUAUUUUUGCUUAACUGGAUGGAGGGAUGUGUUUGUGUGUGUGUGUGUUUGUGUAUGGAGAGAGAGAGAGAGAGAGAGAGAGAGAGACUACCGUGUAAGAGUACCAUUAGUUCCCAAUACAAAUAUAAAAUGUAUUGAUAACAUUUUUUUUAAUAUAAAAUGUAGAUGCAUUGCUCCGCCCACUUUUGCCCUGGCUCCGCCCACCACUGGAAUCUCCUUCCUUAAAGGUUUUUAAUCAGAGGCUGGAUGGCCACCUGUCAUGGCUUCCCCCUAAGAAUCCUGGGAAAUGUGGGUGCGUUAAGGGUGCAGAGAGUCGUGAGGAGACCCCUGUUCCCCUCGAGGAGCUACAAUUCCCAGAGUUCCCUGGGAAAGAGGGGUGAAGUGUUAAACCACUCUCAGGACGGCAGCUUUCUGAGGCGAAUAGGGGACUCCUAACAACUCCCAGCAUCCAAAACACAGGAAAACCAUCCUCAUCGUUCCUCUUCUCUUCCUGAGAAGGAUACCCAGCUCCUAAGCCUGGCCUCAUCUGCCGCCUGGAACAAGGGGAGGAGCCCUGUGUGCCCGAUUCUCCAGAUGGAAGGAAGCUCUUUGACACCUGCUCAGGUGAGGCACUGGUUUGAGCCCGGCCAAGGGUGUUGGCAGCCCUGUGUUGGCUGUGCAUACUCUUAGAAUUUGGUGAUGUCUCUAAUCUCGCUCUGAGAAAUGGUACAGCUGCCUUUUUCCUCAUUGUUACAUUAAGAAGAAGGAAAAGGAAAAGAAAGGGGAAAAUGAGAGAGAGAGAGAAAAAAAAAGAAAGAAAAUGAACAAAGUAAAAAAGACUUCUGUCCUACAGCUAAAUACAGUGGUACCUUGGGUUACAGAUGCUUCAGGUUACAUACGCUUCAGGUUACAGACUCCGCUAACCCAGAAAUAUUACCUCGGGUUAAGAACUUUGCUUCAGGAUGAGAACAGAAGUUGUGCUCUGGCGGCGCGGCGGCAGCAGGAGGCCCCAUUAGCUAAAGUGGUGUUUCAGGUUAAGAACAGUUUCAGGUUAAGAACGGACCUCCGGAACGAAUUAAGUACGUAACCAGAGGUACCACUAUAUAGUAAUCACUCAUUAACAUCCAACUUUUCUUUUUUCUUUUAUUUAUUUGAUUUUUAAAAAAUAUAAACUUACAACAAAAAAACCAUUCAAAAUCCAAAUACAGUCAUUCCUCAGGUUAUGGACACUUCGGGUUGCGCGAUUUCAGGUUGCGCACUGAGCCGAACCCGGACGUACCGGAAUGGGUUACUUCCGGGUUUCUGCGCAUGCGCAGAAGCGCCGACUCGCAACCAGCGUGUGCGCAGAUGCGGCGCUGCGGGUUGCAAAUGUGCUUCCUGUACGGAUCAUGUUCGCAACCCGAGCGUCCACUGUACUGUAUCAAGAUUACUCUGAAUCUCCUGACUUCUCCCCAUCCCUUCCACGGGUCCUAAUAAGAUUUACAACUGCAUAUCAAUACUUAUCCAAAUUUAUAUCCUUCUGAAUGAUCUAUACUUUCCAUUACUUUGCAAGUGUGGUUAAAAUCCUGCUAAUGUUUUAACCUGCUUACAGUGGUCUUGUAGAUAAAUUAUAAACUUUCCCCAUUCAUUUUUAAAGUUCUUGCCUUCUUGAAACAUCCAACUUUUCUAUUUCCUAUGAGCCAAUAUUUUUCCUAUCUUCAGCAAAUCCAGAAGUUACAAGUUCAUUUUCUCUUUCACACAAAAAAUCCAAAAGAAAUUUCCAGUCCUUAAUAAAUGUCAAUACAGUGGUACCUUGGUUUGCAACCGCUUUGGAUUGCAACCGUUUUGGAUUACAACCACGUCAAACCCAGAAGUAUGCGUCCCUUUUUUUGGAUUACAACCCAUUUUUUAUGGAUUACAACCCAUUUUUUGGGAGGAGGCCCCAUUGGCGAAAGUGCGUCUUGGGUUACAACCUGUUUUGGUUUACAACCGGACCUCCGGAACAGAUUACGGUUGUAAACCAAGGUACCACUGUAGCGAUUUUUCUCUAAUUAAUGAAUUGGACUCCUUGGCAGGUUUUGAAUAAACACUCACAAACUUUUUAUUGGUAACAUAUAGAUGGAGAAAUUAAGGAUCUUUACAAUUUUAUAACAUGCAGCGAAUAACAUGUGCUGAAAAACCAGAGAGAGGAGCUGAGGGAAGUCUGGGUGGGGGGUGGGUUUUUCUUUCUUGGGGAGGGAAAAAUGGGGAGAAAAAAUGAGGAUGAUCUGAUUUUGAUGAAUUGUUAUUUUAAAACUCCUAAUAAAAAAUAUUUUUUUAAAAAAGAUUUUUCUCCAAUUAAGCCCAUUACCUUGGCCACCUCAGCCAAGUCCAAUAAUUUUAUCAACCAUUAAUGCAUAGCAGGUAGCGCCGUAUCUUUCCAUCUUUGUGUAUACAGUGGUACCUCAGGUUACAUACGCUUCAGGUUACAUACGCUUCAGGUUACAGACUCCGCUAACCCAGAAAUAGUGCUUCAGGUUAAGAACUUUGCUUCAGGAUGAGAACAGAAAUCGUGCUCCAGUGGCGCAGCAGCAGCAGGAGGCCCCAUUAGCUAAAGUGGCGCUUCAGGUUAAGAACAGUUUCAGGUUAAGAACAGACCUCCGGAACGAAUUAAGUACUUAACCUGAGGUCCCACUGUACAACAAUCUCACCUCUGUCCAUAUGCUUUCUGAGGCUCCUUCUCAGGUGAUUUCUCUCUCUCUCUCUUUCUCUGCAGAUAACCCUCGGAAAAAGCACUUGUGCACUGUGUGCGGCAAACGCUUCACUCAGAAACCGAACCUCACGCGGCACCUGAGAAUCCACACGGGGGAGAAGCCCUACAAGUGUUUGGAAUGUGGCAAAUGUUUCGGCUGCCACUCGCACCUGAUGAGCCACCAGAUUGUCCACACCGGGGAGAAGCCCUACAAGUGCUUGGUCUGCGACAAAUACUUCGGCCGCAAGGCGCACCUGGCCCGGCACCAGGGCAUCUACGCGGGGGAGACCCCUUACAAGUGCCUGGAGUGCGGGAAGCAUUUUGCCUGCCAGUCCCAGCUUGUCAUCCACCGGCGGUACCACACGGGAGAGAAACCCUACAAAUGCCUGGAGUGCGCCAAGUGCUUUGCCGACCCAUCGGCCCUGGUGAGCCACAAGCGGAUCCACGCCGUGGAGCGAUCCCACAAGUGCCUGGAGUGUGGAAAGAGCUUCGUCCAGCAGUCCCACCUCCUGAAGCACCGUAGAGUCCACACGGGAGAGAAACCCUACAAGUGCCCCGAGUGCGGGAAAUGCUUUGCCGACCGCUCCGUCUUCGCCAAACACCAGAGGGUCCACACGGGGGAGCGCCCCUACAAGUGCGCCGAGUGCGGGAAAACCUUCGCCCGCCAGGAACACCUCGGGAGCCACCGGAGGGUGCACACGGGCGAGAAACCCUACAAGUGCUUGGUGUGCGGCAAGUCGUUCGCCCGCCAGUCGCACGUGGUGAGCCACCAGAGGGUCCACACGGGGGAAAAGCCCUGCAAGUGCGCCGAGUGCGGGAAGUGCUUUUCGGAGCGCUCGACGUUCGUCAGGCACCAGAGGACCCACACGGGGGAGAAACCCUACCGGUGCCUAGACUGCGGGAAAUGUUUCGGCUCCCCGUCCCACCUGACCCGCCACCACCGGCGCCACACGGGCGAGAAGCCACACGGGUGCCCGGACUGCGGGAAAGCCUUCGCCGACCGCUCGGCCUUCGUCAAACACCAGCGCGUCCACACGGGCGAGAAGCCCUACAAGUGCGCUGAGUGCGGGCGGUGCUUUGCCAACCGCACCCACCUCGUGACCCACCAGCGCGUCCACACGGGCGAGAAGCCCUACGCUUGCUUGGAGUGCGGGAAACGGUUUAGCGCCAAUCGGAGCCUCAUUCACCAUCAGAGGCAACAUAUAGGUGAGCUGCUCCUUUUUAUCACAAAGGGCAGGUUUGGGUUUUUGUUGGUUUGUUUUAAAUCAUUUUUAUUUGAUUUUAAGUAAAGGUAAAGGGACCCCUGACCAUUAGGUCGUGACCGACUCUGGGGUUGUGGAGCUCAUCUCACUUUAUUGGCCGAGGGAACCGGCGUACAGCUUCCGGGUCAUGUGGCCAGCAUGACUAAACAGCUUCUGGUGAACCAGAGCAGCGCACGGAAACGCCAUUUACCUUCCCGCUGGAGCGGUACCUAUUUAUCUACUUGCACUUUGAUGUGCUUUCAAACUGCUAGGUUGGCAGGAGCAGGGACCGAGCAACGGGAGCUCACCCCGUCACAGGGAUUCGAACCGCCAACCUUCUGAUCAGCAAGUCCUAGGCUCUGUGGUUUAACCCACAGCGCCACCCGCGUCCCAUUAUUUGAUUUUACAGCUAUAGAAUUUCAGGGCGUGGCGAUCACACAGGGUCCCCGGACGUUUAACCGUCUAUUGAUCCCUGUGCCACCACUGUGUUCACUUUCCCGCUGCCAUCAACCCGUUGCUCUCGGGUAAAACACUGAAUCCAGACAGUUGUUAAAAGUGAACCAAAUAAACAAGAUUAUUUUACAAACAUUAACAAGUUUAUGGUUUCUCAGAUAAUAUUCCUGUCAGUAUUUUAACUUUAGUUUCUUUACCUGCCUAUAGCUUCCUACAGGGAACCAGACAGAGGGCCUUCUCGGUAGUGGCACCCUCCCUGUGGAACGCCCUCCCUUCAGAUGUGAAGGAAAUAAGCAGCUAUCUUCUCUUUAAAAGACAUCUGAAGGCAGCCCUGUUUAGGGAAGUUUUUAAUAUUUAAUUCUGUAUUGUUUUUAACACUUGAUUGGAAGCAGCCCAGAGUGGCUGGGGAAACUCAGCCAGAUGGGCAGGGUAUAAAUAAUAAAUUAUUAUUAUUAUUAUUAUUAUUAUUAUUAUUAUUAUUAAUUAAUUAUUACCUUCUGACUGAUUAUCUCAACUGUUUGACUGACUCCUCUUAACACAUUCUCUCAGUCUCUCACACUAGACUAACCCAACCGACAGACUUAUCUUCUCUGUCUCUUCUAACUCCAGUCUGUCUUCUCAGCCACCUUAACUCUAACUCAAAAAACUCUGUGCUUAAACAUUAUACACAGUUAACUCUGCCCCUUGGGUUCCCGUUAGUUAGUCAUUUUACAAUUAGUUAACCCUUUCCUUAUGAACCCAGUAAGAUGUCACACACCUAAGAGGGCAAACGCCACAUAGGGGUACCUUGUUUUGAGUCCAGGAUCCGUUCUGGAGCAACCAAAGGGAUGCUCGACAAAGCGCACUCUGCACACAUGCGCUGAGCAGUUUGCGCUUCUGCGCAUGCAUGAAGUGCGAUUUAGCGCUUUUGCGCAUGCGUGAGCAGCGAACCCGGAAGUAACCCAUUCCGGUACUUCCGGGUUUGCCACGGACAUUCGCCGAAAUCGACGCUCGGCGGGGUGGACGUUCACGGAGGUUUUCCUUACCAAUUACGUAGCCAUAUUUAGAGAUUUUUCUGUAUCUCUCGACUUCCCAGCAUCCCCUCCAUGGGUCCUAUUGCUAUCCUUUUCAACUGCAUAUUAUUUCACAGUCCAUAUUUUAUGUCUCUCCAUUUUGUCCGUAGUCUUUGCUACCUUACGAGUGCUAUUGCAAUCCUGCUAAUGUUUUCAUCUGCUUACAGUGGUUUCUUAAAUAAAUUAUAAAUUUUCCCAAUUCUUUAUUGAAGUUUUGUUCUUUUUGGUACCUGGUGAUGUUUCUGCGCUCUGUACAGCUCUAUGUAGAGAGUGCCAACAUUAGCCUCGUUUUGGAUGUAACCAGAGUUACAGCGUCUUGUAAAAAGCAAUCCUAGCUGCUGAGAUCACCUCUUCUUCCAUAGACAAGCACUGUUUCCAGGAGGAGAACUGAGGUUUCCCCCAAGAAAAUAUAGUAACCACAACCUUAUUUUUGUGCGGACCUGUUUUCCAUCCAAACUGACUGGCACUCAACCACCCGAGUUCACUGUUAGAGAGAGAAGUUGGGGGUAAAUUAUGAGAGUAUGAAGGUAAGGUCAGAGUUCUGUGGUCCUUCUGUCAUUCAGUUUAGUUCAUUGCUCUUGUGGGUGACUGUAGUUUUAUAAUUCCGCAUUGUUCCUCGUGUGAUCUCAGCCUGCACUUAUUCUCAUUCCAGGCUAUCCUCUGGCAAAGUGUGUGGAGAACAUUUUGUUGACGAACCAAGCCUUGGGGUGUGAUGCUGGGGAAUCGGUGCAGGAAAACAAACUGUAUGAAUGGCUCGCAUCUGGGAAGUGGCUCAGCCUGCAAGGGUCUCUGGGUCAGAGUGAAGGUGUUCACACAGAAGAAGAUGCCUUGACCCAGGAUGGCAAAGCGUAUGUCGGAAGAAAGCACUGACCUAUGGCAGUCAGUUCUCUUUGAUGACAGACUGAGGUGACAUCACAGUCCAAAAGUGGUCAGAGAAAAUGACACUAAAGCUGAAACAAGCUUUUUCCAACAGAUUUUGAAAAUCGACCACAAAAUAUGGGUGCUUUAGACUUUCAUUAGACAGUCUCUCUGAUUGUUUCAUUUUUUUAUAAGGUGUCAAAUAUAAAAUGCCAUAAGCUAGCAACUUUAAAAUAGUCAUAAACUAAAUACCAUUGCAUGUCAGCUAUAAAAUACUGGUAGGUAGGUAAAUGCAUGACUAUUAUCAAACACUACAUACCAUUCCAUUCCAUCUUAUCAGAUUAUGGUAAACACUAUUGCAUGUCGGUGAUUAAAUACAAAUGUUUUGAAUGCCAAUUACUUAAAUGUGCUUAAACACUAAAUGCCAUUGCAUGCCAUCUGUCAAAUUUAGUGAAAUCAUAAAAAAAAACUUUGCAUGUUAGCUAGCAAAUAUAGUCAAAUACGAAUGCUAUUGCAUGCCGGCUUUCAAAUACUAAUACUUCUGCAUGUCGUCUUUGAAAUGCUUUCAAGUAACAACUUUCAGAUACUACCGGGCAUCAAAUAUUGACAUUGAAUAUUUAUUACUUGGCAUCAAAUGUCAGAGAGAGCUUAAUUUGUGAGGCAAAUGUGUCUCAGCUCUGAACGGUACACUUGCAAUCUCCCCCAAAGGUUUGGGUACGGUAUACAGUGCAAUGUGCAAUUCUGGUCACAUCUCAAAAAGGGUGGAGAGACUGAAGAGAAGAAAUACAGUGGUACCUCAGGUUAAGUACUUAAUUCGUUCCGGAGGUCCGUACUUACCCUGAAACUGUUCUUAACCUGAAGCACCACUUUAGCUAAUGGGGCCUCCUGCUGCCGCCGCACCGCCGGAGCAUGAUUUCUGUUCUCAUCCUGAAGCAAAGUUCUUAACCUGAAGCACUAUUUCUGGGUUAGCGGAGCCUGUAACCUGAAGCAUAUGUAACCUGAAGCGUCUGUAACCCGAGGUACCACUGUAAUCGGAAGGUGAUAGCAUCUGCCCUACAAGGGAAGCCCAUAGCUGCUGCACUUCUUUUUUUUAGUUUGCAAAAAAUUUGAUUCAGGGGAGUCAUGGAUCGAGAGUUAUAAAAUUAUGCAUGGUACAGAAAAAGUGGGGGAAGUCUUCCACCCCAUAAUUCUAGAACAGAUGUCGCCCAAUGAAGCAGAAUGGUGGAAUAUUCAGGACAAACAAGGCCAGAUUCGUGGAGGAAAAAGCUACCAGUGGCUGCUAGUCAUGAUGGCUGUAUAUUAACUUUGAGGACAGAGGCUAGGGACCACAAGUGAGAUAAUAAUAAUAAAUUUUCAUUUAUACCCCGCCCUCCCCAGCCAGAGCCGGGCUCAGGGUGGCUAACACCAGUAAAAUUACAAUAAAAACAUAAGGGGGAGGGGACCAAUUUAAAAGGUUAAAAUUAUCUCAUUUUAACAGCCUCAUUUUAACAGUAGCCCAUAGCUCGAAACCGUAAGGGGAGGGAAACAUAAGGGUCAGCACCCUACUUGUGUUCUUAAGUAUUUAUGCACAGAAAAGCAUAGCUAAAUGAUGGACAAGACAAAUAUGUGAAGGCCCUGCAUGGGUAUGUAGCCUUUUCAGCCUACGGCAAGAGACGCCUAUUGCCUUAUUGACCUGCUUGUGGGCUAUCUAGAGGCAGGAGACAUCUGGUUGGCCACUGGGGGGUGUUGGAUGCUAGAAUGACUAUUGAUGUGGUCCAGGAGGGAGCUUCUUAACGUGGGGAGGUGUUUGGAUAACGGGGGAUCAGCAGAACGUAUUGUGAUCGUUUGGAGCUCCAAAGAACCCCGCCUCUUCGAUGGCAAUUUGAAAUUUGUGGAAAGUUACCGUAUUUUUCGCUCCAUAAGACGCACCUGACCAUAAGUUUUUAGAGGAGGAAAGGGGGAAAGCCCCGUUUUUGGGGGGAUCAGUUCACAGUUGUGCAGCUUCUUUUGCAAAGGGGAAAAAUCCCGUUUUUAUGGGGUUCAACUCACAGUUCCGCAGCUUCUUUAGGAAAGGAAAGGGAGCCGUUUCUACAGUUUCCAGACAGAUAAUCUAAUCAGCCAGUCACAUGUCGCUGGGGUAACAAACAGCCUCCAUCUGCCGAACAUUCAACAAUGGAGGCCUGGGCAAGGGGGCGGGGCCAGAAAGGGAGCCAGCGAUUGACCACAGAUUCGCUCCAUAAGACGCACAGACAUUUCCCCUUUUUAGGAGGAAAAAAGUGCGUCUUACGGAGUGAAAAAUACGGUACCUGUGUAAAACUGGAAAAGCUCAGAUGGGUAAAGUGUGAGAUUGUUAAUCUUGCGGUCAUGGGUUCGAGCCCCACAGUGGACAAAAGAUUUCUGCAUUGCUGGGGGUUGGACUGGAUGACCCUUGGGGUCCCUUCCAACUCUGUGAUUCUACAAAAUAAAAUGUGGACAGCUGAAGCUGCCUCAUACUGAGCCAGCUUGUUGGUCUACCUAACCCAUUGUUGUCUGCCCAGUUGCUGUCAGUUGUCACCUGGUGCUGCUUUUGACUGGCAGUGCUGAGUGCGGAUUGAACCUGGCAGCUUCAUCCUGCAAAGCAGGUCUAGUUCUACCAAAGGCAGAGAGCGGGGAAGGGGGCACUCCUCAUCUGAAAAAGCCAUGCAACGAAAACAAGCCCUGUGCAAAUCGAUUGACUCAUUGUUAAUAAAGAACCCACGCAAGGGCUGUGGUUGUGUUGAUGGAAAACCAGUGGGAACGUAUGUUAUUUGCAGCGUUCUGCUAGAAGCAAUAUACUCGGAAGAUUAAUCCGUCGGCAGUGGCCCAUUUUCAGUCUGCCAGGGCCUAUUUUAGCUGCCUGCUUUCUCAUGGGGAAAUGUACGCCCGCAGGGAUCAUUUAGGGACAUAGGAAGCUGCCUUAUAUCAAAGUCAGAACGUUGGUCCAUCUAUCUCAGUAAUGCCUACAUGGAUUGGCAGCCAACCCCCAGGGUUUCUGACACAGAAUAUUCCCCUGUCCUACCUGGGGGGGAUUGAAUUGAGGGUCUUUAACAUGCAACGUGGGACGCGGGUGGCGCUGUGGGUUAAACCACAGAGCCUAGGACUUGCCGAUCAGAAGGUCGGCGGUUCGAAUCCCCACGACGGGGUGAGCUCCCGUUGUUCGGUCCCUGCUCCUGCCAAGCUAGCAGUUCAAAAGCACGUCAAAGUACAAGUAGAUAAAUAGGUACCACUCUGGCAGGAAGGUAAACGGCAUUUCCGUGCACUGCUCUGGUUCGCCAGAAGCGGCUUAGUCAUGCUGGCUAUGUGACCCGGAAGCUGUACGCUGGCUCCCUUGGCCAAUAAAGCGAGAUGAGCGCCGCAACCCCAGAGUCGGCCACGACUGGACCUAAUGGUCAGGGGUCCCUUUACCUUUAACAUGCAACACAGGUGUUCUACUAUGGAGCGUAUAUUGUUUUGGGCUCCAUGGAGGGAAGUGUGACUGAAGAAAUUCCCCAAUGUUUCCUUCUCUCUGGCAGAAGGGGAGCUGGACUGAACUGGGGUUCGGGGAGGCAGCCUGAUAAGGCACUUUGCGGUCAGGACCUUUGGUGGGCUGAUGGUCACUCAGCUGGGAAAGUCUUCCAUGGUUGCCUUUAUGUCAGGGUUGGGCAACCUGUUGGCCUUGGGAUGUUGGUACAGUACAAAGCCCAUCACCCCCCAUCAAUGACUAUGCUGGUGGGGGCUGAUGGGUGAGAGUCCAAUGAAGGGCCUUGAGUUUCCCACCACAUCUUUAUGCUGAAUGAGAGACCUGGGCCUCAGGGGUCAGUCACGCUGCUAGGUAGCUUCUGCAUCCUAGAAAACACUUUUGACUUUUGCUUCAAUGUGUAACUGUAUACCAUUUGCUUUGUAUUAUUACAUUUAUCCAAUCCACCCGCUUUCCCUGCCUUUAAUAAAUAUAUUCCUUGGUUUACUAAAACUAGGAUCCUGGUGUGUUCUUUUUUUAAAGUGCCUUUUUUCCAAGAUUCUAUACGAUUCUUCGACAUCAACUCUACAUUCAUCUAGGGCAGGCACGUCCAACAGGUAGAGCUUGUUGUUGUUGUUGUUGUUGUGGAACUGGCGAAAUUGACAUAGAAAUUGCGAGACAAGGACAACUGUGGCUUUAAAGAAGAA